CCGCUUGUCACUUCUCUCCAUCGGUGGCUGCUGCUAGGGUUUUUUUGCGUCCGAGGCUGUUGCGAUGGCGAUCUCUUUCUCCGAUCUCCACACCGAGGCCGGUCUCAAAGCCCUCGAGGAAUUCCUCUCCGGGAAAACCUAUAUCUCUGGGGAUCAGAUCAGCAAAGAUGAUGUUAGGGUGUUUGCGGCGGUCGCGAAGCCGGGAGAUGGGUUUCCCAACGUGUGCCGUUGGUAUGAGAGCGUGUCCGGAAUCCUUGCACUAAGAUUUCCUGGUAAAGCUCUUGGGGUGAAAGUUGGGAGCCAAGCUGCAGACCCAACUCCUGCACCUCCUGCUGAGGCUUCAAAGGAGGCUGCAGAUGAUGACGACUUGGAUCUCUUUGGUGAUGAGACAGAGGAGGAAAAGAAGGCAGCUGAGGAGCGAGAGGCUGCUGUUAAAGCCUCUUCCAAGAAGAAAGAAAGUGGAAAAUCAUCUGUUCUUUUGGAUGUUAAACCUUGGGAUGACGAGACAGACAUGAAGAAGUUAGAGGAAGCUGUCCGGAGCCUGGAGAUGCCAGGCCUCUUAUGGGGAGCAUCUAAGCUAGUGGCCGUAGGUUAUGGAAUUAAAAAGCUGCAAAUCAUGAUGACCAUUGUUGAUGAUCUCGUUUCCGUUGAUAGCCUCAUUGAAGAGGAACUGACCGUGGAACCCCGCAAUGAGUAUAUCCAGAGCUGCGACAUUGUUGCCUUCAACAAGAUCUAGAGGAGCUUUAGUAAUUAUUGAUGCAGUAGGUGUCUUGUCAUGUUUGUUUUUUGUGUUCGAGGCAUUUAAAGUUGUUUAUGAGAUUUUCUGGGAACAUCCAAUAGUCGUCAUAAGGACACAUUGGGUCUUUGAUUUUAUUGGAUUUUCUGAUGAUCGAGUAAUUGGAACAAUGGUGGUUCUCUAUGGCUGCAAUGGAACGUAUGAAACUAUCCAUGAUCA